AUGGCUGGUGGUGGUGUUCAGCAGGUGGUGACCGUGCUCGCGGUGGUGGCGCUCAUGGCGGCGGCGGCGGAGGGUUUCAUCUCCAAGAAGACGUGGAGCGGCAUCCGGCGGGCGGACCGCGACGGGCCCUUCGUGGGGCUGGUGGUGCCCAACGCCUACGAGAUGGAACCCGUCCUCAACUCCCCCGACUUCAAGCCCAGCAACAACAUCCCCAUCCUAGAUGUUCAAGGGCGACGAUUCCGCUUCGGAACCAUUGGAGGCCAAAACGUUGUCAUGGUCAUGACUGGGCUGAGCAUGCUGAAUGCAGGGCUCACAACCCAGCUGCUGCUGAGCCUGUUCAGGGUGAAGGGCAUCGUGCACUGGGGCAUCGCCGGCAACGCCAACGAGGACCUCCAGAUCGGCGACGUGACCAUCCCCGAGUCCUGGGCGCACUUGUCCCUGUGGAACUGGCAGAGGCACGGCGACGGGCCGGAGAACGAGCUGCCGCUGGAGGCAGGGCCGUCCCGGGAAAAUUAG